AUGGCCUGGAUACUGUCUUGGUCCUUGGUGGUCCUGACUGUGUUUUUUGCCAACUGUGAUUUUAUUCAGAGCCGAAUAACUGCCAACUAUGCGGCAAAACCAAAUUCAUUCAGAUACAUCGUGUCUUUGCAAACCUCCAAGACCCAGCAUUUCUGUGGAGGAUCCCUGGUGCACAAGUUCUGGGUGCUUACUGCCGCACACUGUAAUAUAGGGCUGGACUACAUGAUGAUAGUGGCUGGAGAUCAUACGCUGGGUGUGUAUGAAGGGACAGAGCAGUAUUCUAAACCACAUUCCCUCGUACCUCACCCGUUAUACAACAAGAGCACCAAUAACGCAGACAUCAUGUUUAUUAAGCUCUGGGCUCCAAUAGAGCUCAGCGGAUACGCCUCCCUGGCGCCCCUCCCCAAACAGAAUACGGCCGUGCUACCUGGGCAAGUGUCCCGGGUAUCAGGAUGGGGCUCCCCCAGGCAGAGCAGGGCCGAGAUCCCCCCUGCCCUGCGCACACUCAACCUGCGCAUCCUUUCCACAGCCAAGUGUAAUGGCAGCAGGUCCUUCGACGGGAAUAUUACGUCCAACAUGAUCUGUGCCGGGGACGGUACUGGAGGCGAAGAUGCACGCAAGGGUUCGUGUUAUUCGGGGGACUCAGGUGUGCCGCUGGUGUGUGACGGGCGAGUCUAUGGCCUGGUCUCCUGGGGCAAUGGUUGUGGAGACUCCGGGUUUCUGGGAGUGUACACCGCCGUGUCGUUCCGCAGGUGGAUCGACCAGAACAUCUACAGUGCUGUCAGAAGAUGUCGCAAGUACAGGAAGCUUUAG